AUGGCAGCCAUGGCUGCUCUUCAGAGCUCAAUGACCGGUCUCUCCCUCUCCUCCAACUCUUUCUUAGGCCAGCGCUUUUCUCCCAUCACUCUCCCCUCUCUUCUUCCGGGUAAGUCAACAGAGAAGCAAUGUCCCAUUGUAAUGAGGCUUAAACGAUGGGAACGAAAGAAGUGUAAACCAAACAGCCUUCCUAUCUUGCACAAAAUGCAUGUUAGACUUGGAGAUACGGUGCAAAUCAUAACUGGAAGUGAAAGGGGUAAAGUUGGGGAGAUUACUAGAAUCUUCAAGCAUAACAGCACUGUAAUAGUGAAAGAUUUAAAUUUGAAGACAAAGCAUGUGAAGAGUAAAGAAGAGGGGGAACCGGGGCAAAUUAUUAAGAUUGAAGGUCCUAUCCACAGCUCAAAUGUGAUGCUGUACUCCAAAGAUCAGAAUGUAGCAAGCCGAGUGGGGCAUAAAGUCCUUGAUAAUGGUAAAAAGGUCAGGUACCUUAUAAAAACUGGAGAAAUAAUUGAUAGUGCAGAGAAUUGGAAGAAACUGAAGGAGGAGGCUAGUAAGAAACCUGAAGAAGCUGCUGCUGCUGCCUAG